GCCACGUGAUAUCACAGGGAGCCUUUGUAACAACUUAAAAGUCGCCGGCAGCCCGGACUUGUGCACCAGAGAGUGGAGAGGGGGGAAAAGGUUCGCUGUCUGGCUGCUGUUGCUCUCCCACUGAUCGCUGCAGAGAUGACUGACCUGACAGAAGCCGACAGAGGCCAUAUUCGCAUCAUCUGGAAACAGUUGUUUGCGGAUCCAGAGGCGAACGGCAGAGCAGUGGUGUUGAGAUUGUUCAAGGAUUACCCUGAAACAAAGAAGUACUUCAAAACGUUCAAGAACAUUUCGACCGAGGAAGAAAUGCAAAAAUCGGCUCAGAUCAAGAGACAUGGCAAGGCCGUGAUGAACCGGCUCAAUGACCUCAUUGAGAAUCUGGAAAACUGGGACGCAGCCUGUGACAUUAUGACACACUUGGCGGAGAGGCACGUUCAUGUGCACAAAGUGGGGGUGCACAACUUUCGGAUUAUAUUUAACGUGAUCCUCACUAUUCUGACAGAGACAUUGGGAGAAGGUUUUAAGCCUGAGAUCCGUGAAGCCUGGGAAAAGCUGUUCAAUAUCAUUUACAAUUAUCUCGAGAAUUCCUACAAGAAAAUCGAAGCAGCUUCCUAGAUUGACGCUCCUCCCACAAUCGAUGAAUUAAUCGACUCGUAUUAUCACUAAACUGUGUACAGCAUAUAAUAACAUGACCAGAAUUUUAAUACAUAUUUUAAACAAAAACUGAUGAAUAAAAGACUUGGAAUAUCAUUUAAAAAAAAUGACAAACCUAUGAAUCACUUCUUGUUUAAAUCACAUCAAAGUAAGAAGUAAUUUUUUGAUCAAUUAGCAUAAUUUAAUAAGUAAUAUUUAAAUGUGGUUUAACAUAAAAUAACAUUUUAAUUCAAUGGAAAUGUAUAAACCUAGACCACUUUCAUUUAUGGUGAAUGGCUUUCUAAAGAACUGUGCUCUGAUAUGCUCCAAUUUGUAUAUUUUAUAAUCUCUCCUUUUAAUCUGAGAUUGGUACGCUCCACGUCCCCUUGAGUGCAGUUAUCUCUGUUUGGAUUCCCUCCAUUAAUUUCAUGGCUUCUCUCUCACAAGGCUUACACCUACGUACUGGUAGGUGGAAGGACCUAAUACUUACACAUACUGGUGAUAGACACAAAUGCUCGAGUAACUCAGUGGGCAACACAGCAUCUCUAGAGAAAAGGAAUAGGUGACGUUUCGGGUCAAGACCUCUUCUUCAGACAAGCAUAUCAGACAUAUGUGUAUGUCUGUAGGAUGGAACUGCAGAUGCUGGUUUAAACCGAAGAUAGGCACAAAAUGCUGGAGUAACUCAGCAGGACAGGCAGCGUCUCUGGAGAGAAGGAAUGGGUGACGUUUUGGGUCGAGACCCUUCUUCAGACCGAAAGUUACAUGGAAGGGAAACAAGAGAUAUAGACGAUGAUUCACAUUGUACAUGUUGGUUUAACCAGUAUUUUACUACCUUGCACUCUGAUUAGAUGCUAAACUGCAUUUCGGUGUACCUGUACUCGUAUUUGUGCAAUGACAAUAAAGUUGAAUCUAAUCUAAUGUAGAGAGAUAGAACAUAUACCUUGUUUCACCUUGGCCCUUCGAAUCUGCAAUUGUACUCCCUGCAAUUGCAGGAAACGGAAGGAUAUGGGUUAUGUGCAGGCAGAUGAGAUUAGUUUCUCUUGACAUCGUGUUUGGCACAGACAUUGUGGGCCGAAGGGUUAGUUCUAGUGCUGUGGUUUUCUAUGCUCCAAACCACCGUGGAUCAUUGGCCAAAAAUAAUAAUGGGGAGGAAAAAUAAUCACGAUGUAAAGCUUAGAAUAAUGAAGUAGCAAAGUGAAAUAUUAUCAACUGAAUAGUAUUAAAAGGAAAGAUAUGAAGAUGCUUAAUAUCUGAAAUGCAAGCCCAAAAUGCUGAGAAAUAUCUACCAUUGUAAGUGCUGAAAGGUCUCGUAUGUUAUUAUUUUUCUCUAUCUACCAAUGCUGCCUGAUCUUCUGGGUAUUUUUUUUUUUUAAGCAGUCUUUGUUUUUAUUUCACAAUGAGAUUAAAUACUUGGGGGUGUAUAUGCGCUGAAUUAUGUAUAGAGUCAUCGAGUGAUACAGUGUGGAAACAGGCCCUUUGGCCCAACUCGCCCACACCGGCCAACAAUGUCCCAGCAACACUCGCCUGCGCUUUGUCCAUAUCCCUCCAAACCGGUCCUAUCCGUGUACCUGUCUAAUUGUUUCUUAAAUGAUGGGAUAGCCCCAGCCUCAACUACCUCCUCUGGCAGCUGGUUCCAUACACCCACCACUUUUUGUGUGAAAAAGUUCCCCCUCAGAUUCCUAUUAAAGCGUUUCCCCUUCACCUUGAACACAUGUCCUCUGGUCCUCGAUAUCCCUUAUUGAUAAACCUGUUUUGAUCUUAUUAUGUAUAAUGCAGGAAGUUAAUAUGUGUCCUGUUUUUAAAGCGUGUGCCAACAAUUAAUUAAAAAUAACGUUAUACAAGUUAUUCAAAUGGCCAGCAAAUUAUUUAAUGCACGUUAUCAUCUGAUAUUAUAGAUGAUGUACAAUUUAUUUCAUGAAUAUGAUAAUUUUUUUAAUCUAAAUUAUAUCUUUUUGAAUAUAUAUUUACCAAUAUUCAUACAACGGAGGAAUUUUAUUUUAUCAAUUUUUAGCUCAUGUUAUAGCUUUCAAAGUUAUUUGCAAAGUGAUGGGUGAUGUAGCAGAUCUUGCAAGCUUGUAUUUAAUUCUUCAGUGCAAUAAAAACUCGUUGCUCAUAA